AUAACAAUCCCGAUUCUGUCGUCACCAUGGACGCACGGAACCGCUCUGGCCCCUCCACCUCCUCCCAGUGCCGCCCCUCCUCUUUCUCACGGCAACCGCCCCAUGUCCUGAUAAUGGACGAGUCGCCGCCCUGGUGGUCGGAAACUAGUACUCUCAAUAACUUUCUGACUCUCGCCUGUAGUCUGGAGGGACCCUGUAGACUGCCUUUACUGAGUCUCUACGCCCUGAGCAGACAGCAUGAGUGUCUACUGCCCUCCGUGGUACGAAUGAGAAAGGGAUGGAGGGAGGAGGAGAGAGAGAGUCUGGAUGGACCAUGUAGACUGCCUUCACUGAGUCUGUACACCAUGAGCAGACAGCAUGAGUGUCUGCUGCCCUUCGUGGUAAGAGGGUGUGUGUUGUGGUGUGUGUGUCGCGUUGGCUUGUGUUGUCUCUCUUUCUGUAUCUCUCUCUGCCUUUUACCUUGAACUAGUGUAAUAAAUACAUAAAUAAUCUAUUUUUCCUAUCCCACCUUUCUCACUCUCUCCCUCUAUCUCAGGUAGCAUGUAAUGAAGAAAUAAAUAAUCUCUCUCCCCUCCUCCCCCCUCCUAGCAGGUGUGGGAUAACCUGGCUUGUCUGCGUUCCUGUGUGGAAGAGGUGAGGUCCGUACACGGAGAGGGGUGCAUCCUCGCCCAUAGAGAGGAGCUCCUCAAACAAGCUGUACAGGACAGCCUACAGCAGUUUAAACAAUACACACGACAUGCUACCACUCCUAACCAGACCAACAACGGAUCAGUCGAGGUGGUUUUCAUGCAAUAAAAGCUGCACAUUUUGAAGUUACCAUUAGACACAGAUCUAUGAUCAGUUCCUUCCCCUCAAACCUAAUCUCUGCCUUUAGGGGCAGCAACUCGAAAUUAUCUUAGAUUCGUGUUCUCUAAAUGAUGGAUCGACUUUCAUGUCCAUUUAGGUCAUGAAUUGUAACUGGAUCCUAACUACAAAGAUGCUUUGUUUGCUUUAGUUGGGUUUCCGACAGUGUUAAGAAGGCCUUGUCAAACCCAAAUCCAUUGUGGGCUAAAAGCACACAGAAUCAUUUCUAGCUAGCUAGCCCCAAUAGGAGAUUGUCCCGAUGCACCAUUUGGGAAAACAGUGUUUUGGAUGGCUCUCAUCGGAAGCUCCCGUCAGAGCCAUUAGCAGUCUUGUUUCCGACAGCAGCUGAUAUGAAUAGACCCAUUAGAACACAGAAACACAGAACACACACACACAACACAGACAGUAAAGGCACACACACACACACACACCCAUUAUAUCACAGAGACACUGAACAUAUGGCCCUCUGUUCUAUCUUAGCUCUGUAACAGACCUCAUAUGUCUGUCUCCCAAAUGGCACCCUAUUCCCUUUAUAGGCAUUUAUCCCCCAUAGGGCUCUGAUCAAAAGUAAUGCACUAUAUAGGGUGCCAUUUGGGACACACCCUCUCCCACCACUAAUAUCCUUCUACACAGGAAGAGACAGGAUAAAACAUGGUCUGUGUCCCGAAUUGCACCCUAUUCCGUAUGUAGUGCAAUAUUUUUGACUCACAUCUGAUCUUUUAAAGAACUGAUCUGAUUUGUCAAAGAUCAGUUAGUGAAAAAAAGAUCUGAAUUGGGUUGCCUGAAUGGUUGACUGAUUGACUGAUUAUUUGACUCAUUGAUCUCCCAUUGGCUCCCAGGUAACCGUGGUGAUGAGCCAGCAGGGCGUGUCA